ACUCUCCCUUGCAAGUUUUUUUAUAAAAUUUUUUUAAGCAACUGCAUCAUCAAAGCCAGUAGCCAACUGCCACGUUUCAAAAGAGAACAAAGGGGCACGUGGCGAGCAUUGAUUCGUCGGAUCAGAGCAAAGGCAGAAGUCUUCUUCAAUGUUCUCUUUGGUUCUUUUAGGGUUUCAGUCCAUAGAAACACAAAGAUGGAAUUACUGUGGUGGACUCUCCAUCCACUACUAUUAUUCUCACUUCAUCUGUUCAUCGGGCACGGCUUAGCCGAUCAGAUCUUCCCCACUCAUGGAGGUGGGACAUUUGGUCGCAGCUCUCGUGAGCCGAAAUACAAGAUUGAAUUCCAUCCUGAAGACGCCCCUUUUCAUCCUGAUGAUGGCCAGGAGUCGGUGGUCAUGCCAAAUAAAAAUGGACAGAAUUUCUUAUGUUUUUUACCUAAAAUAGAGAGAGCCAAGACAGGGAAACCAGUCUCUCAAAUGAAUACGAGUAGCAUGAUUAUGGAAACUCAGAAACGGGUUAAACUUAAGACACCAGAUGAGCUGCUUGAAGUACUAAAAGAUCGAUGCUUUGUCAGACAAGAGGGUUGGUGGUCAUAUGAAUUCUGCUAUCAGCAGAAGCUUCGGCAAUUUCAUUUGGAGGACGAUAAGGUUGUCCAGGAGUUCAUCUUGGGUUUGUAUGAUGAUGAGGCCACAGCUGCUGUCAACCAGAACCUGUCUGGCAUUUCUACAUUAAAAGAUCCUCACUCAAAAGAUGCAUCACAGAGGUAUCAUGCUCAUCAGUAUACUAAUGGAACUAUGUGUGAUCUUACGAACCAGCCUCGAGAAACUGAGGUGAGAUUCGUGUGCUCAGAGCCCAGAGCUAUGAUUAGCUCCAUUACGGAGCUAUCCACUUGCAAGUAUGCACUAACAAUUCAAUGCCCUAUGCUUUGCAAGCACCCAUUGUUCCAAGAAGAGAGACCAGUGUGGCAUACCAUUCAUUGCAACGUGCUGCCUAAGGAUUACAAAGAAAUGAAAGUAGAGGAAGACGAAGUCAAAGAGACACAGAUUACCAUGGUUACAGAUAAUGGAUAUUCAUCCACGUAUGAAUCAGAAGAGUAUGCAACAUAAUAUACAAAAAUUGGAGUCUUAUUGCGGAUAGGAGCUUUGUCAACAGCAAUUUAACAAUAGCAUAGUCUUGUGUCUGUUCUUUCCUUUCAACAAAUUGAUGUACUAGUCGAGAUCACUUUUUUAUUUUCGUUAGCUAGGUGUAAUAGAAAGUCUACCACAGAUUGGUCUGUUAGACUUUAUCCUGAAAGUUACUUGUCCUUGUAUUUUUUUUUUUUUUUUUGACUGAUGCGAAUCUGUAUUAUCAAAAAUUUUACACUGAAACUGGUACAGAAUAUAAAAAUAAUUUUGCUACCAAAAA